AUGGCAUUUACGUCACCUAUGAUGAUAGCUGGGCUAAGUGAGGAAAUGUAUUCGAAGAGAUCUACUGGAAAAUCCUCACUGAGAGCACCAUUCCACAACGGUGACCUUGGAGAACCAUUCCACAACACUGAACUUGGAGCACCAUUCCACAAUGGUGAAAUUCGAGCACCAUUCUACAAUGGUGAAAUUGGAGCACCAUUCUACAAUGGUGAACUUGGAGCACCAUUCUACAAUGGUGAACUUGGAGCACCAUUCUACAAUGGUGAACUUGGUGCACCAUUACACAACGGUGAACUUGGAACACCAUUCCACAACGGUGAACUUGGAGCACCAUUCUACAAUGGUGAACUUGGAGCACCAUUCUACAAUGGUGAACUUGGUGCACCAUUCCACAAUGGUGAACUUGGGGCACAAAAAUCGGAUUUGUGCGGGCGGAAGCGUGUGUCUGGUGAUUACAGCCCGCCGGCGCAUUCACAACUUGGCGGCGAGCGCUGGCUGCCCGUCCGCCUUUUGAAUGGGUCGUUAGCCGCGCCGCCGUGA